AUGGGCCUCACACCAGUACAUUUCUUCUCCCAUGGCUCGACCAUGAUGCUGGGAGAAGAGUCCGAAAGUGCCGACUAUUGGAAGAAAUGCGGAGAUGAAGCGUUGGCCCAGGGUAUCAAGGGCGUGGUGAUCAUGGGCGCGCAUUGGGAUUGUCUAGGGGACAGAAUCGAGCUAUCAACCAAUCCAAACCCUGACAAAAGUCCGGUCGCUUAUGUGAAACCGGAAAAGUACGUCAACUACCAGCUCAACCCGGACCUGGAAACAACCGACCGAUGCAUCAAGAUGUUAGCCAAGGAGGGGUACAAUGUCGGCGGGAACCCAAAAUUCGACUGGAUUCACGACGUCUAUUUGAUCCUCAUUCGCAUGUUCCCGGCAGGUUGUCCACCUACAACAUUGAUCUCGAUGAAUGCCCGUUAUGAUCCGCAUUUCCACAUGAAGAUGGGGGCAACACUACGACCACUUCGUCGGGAGAACUAUCUGCUCAUCGGGACAGGAGGUGCAGUCCACAAUUUGUACCGCAAUCGCUGGGCUCCUAUGCUUCGGUUCCGGGAUAACUUUGCCAUGGAGACGCCGCCGGAAGAUUGGGCAAUGGAGUUUCGACAGGCUGUGGAGGAUGUCAUUACGAAGACAUCAGGGCCGCAGCUUCGUGCUGCUAUGACUCGGCUCAUGAAGCAUCCUCGUUUUAGGGAUGCUCAUGCCACCGAUGAUCAUUUCAUGGCGGCAAUGUUUGUUGCGGGCGCGGCGGGUGAUCCUGAAGAUCAGAACACGCCCGCCGUGCUGGCUGCCGAGAGCUGGGAAUUGACCAACAUGUGUAACUCACAGUUCACGAUUGGUCGCUGGUCCAAGGAGAUUGCUGUGUAG